GCCCGUAUCCUAUUGGUUGUCUGGUGAGGGUUCCUCUAUGACCCGUAAAGCGGAAGUAGAAAGUGAGAAUGUGGAGAGCAGGCAUGUCAGAGGAGAUAGGGAAAGCUCUGCAGUGUGUGCGGGAGAGGGUUCAACAUGCAGCAGCCAGGAGGCUCAAGACUCUGCCAGCGAUUGAUCCCAGGCUGGUGGCGGUCAGUAAAACGAAGCCAGUGGACAUGGUAAUUGAUGCUUACAGCCAUGGGCAGCGAUACUUUGGAGAAAACUAUGUACAAGAGUUAGCUGAAAAGGCUUCAGAUCCAAAUCUUUUGGCAUCGUGCCCCGACAUAAAAUGGCACUUUAUUGGACAUCUCCAGAAGACACACAUCAACAAGUUAGUUGGUGUCCCAAACCUCUACAUUCUGGAAACUAUAGACUCCAUAAAACUGGCUGACAAGGUGAACAGUUCCUGGCAAAAAAAGGGAUCAUCGGAAAAGCUAAAGGUUAUGGUGCAGGUGAACACAAGCAGUGAGGACAGCAAACAUGGCCUUGCACCCACUGAAACCACUGAACUUGUUAAACAUAUCAGAGAGAAAUGCUCCAGUCUGGAAUUUGUGGGGCUUAUGACAAUCGGAAGCUUCGGUUAUGAUAUAACCCAGGGGCCCAACCCAGAUUUUCAGAUGCUGCUGGCUCAGCGAGAAGAGGUGUGUGAAAAACUAGGACUUCAAAUCGAUUCUGUGGAGCUCAGUAUGGGAAUGUCCUCAGACUUUGAGCAUGCAAUUGAGGUUGGCUCCACUAAUGUACGAAUUGGCAGCACUAUCUUUGGUGAGCGGGUUUACUCUAAAGCUGUGAAGGAAGAUGCAAAUGUAACCAGCACAAAGGAGUCGUAGGCCCUUAAAGUACAAGGGCAGGGAACCACAGGCAGAGCAAGAAGGUGCUAAAAAUAUGGAUGUUAAAAAUGUUCUGUAGUCAGUUUCACCUCCUUUGUGCCAAGUGUCGCAUUUGUUUUUGAUGACACAUCCAUAACUAAUUUUCCUGAAAUGGACCUGAAUGAAGAACCAUUUUAUGUGAUCACCAUUUUGAGAGAAUAAUGAAACUGGAUCUCAUUUCACUGCAUCUUAUCUUAUGCACACUAGUGCCUCAAAACUAAUCGCACUGGAGGACUGUGCUGCUCAGAAUAUUCUCUUUAUAGCAAAUAACUUUUAUGGCAUAGGUGUACUAAGCAGGUUUACUAGUGCAACCCUGUCAUCCAUAAUAAGCUACCUUGGGCUACAGAAAUUAACAUGGGCCUCAGAUAAGUUAAGUUAAGUUUAGAUUUCCCUUCAUCGGAUUAAUGAAUGUGAUAUCCCAGAUGUGCUUGGCAGUUAUGAAAUAAAAGUGCAAUCUGGGGAUAGUC